UUCACAUCUUCUCCCACGGGAACACCGCCGCAUGCUCUCUUACACCGCCCGUAGCCACACCUCUCUUCCUGCUCUCCCAGACUCCCACGCAUCCCCUCAGCGGCCAGAUGCUGCUCUCUGCCUCUCUCACGACCUUGCAUGGCCACACUCCGCCUCCUCCUCUGCCACGACCGGACCGCAUGGGUUCCAGCUGCCGGCCGCCACAUCUUCCAGCGCCGAGCUAGCCCGCCAUCUAGCGCCGGGCCGCUCGAAAUAUUCAAUCGAGCGCCUGUUCCACCAACUCCCCCGUCAACUGCACGCCCAAACCGGCGCUGAAUCCAGGCCCGCCGCCUGCUAUCCCAUGACCGGACCGCACGGGUUCGGGCCGCCGGCUACGCCGACUCGACAUCUUCAGACCAUAUCCCCACCUCCACCAGGCCGGUGUCAGCGCUCGACGGAGAAGCUAAUGAAGUGGUGGAGGAUUUCAAGGUCCGAGGAUUGGUCGACCGAGAUAAAGAUCACAACGAUGACCCAAACUAAUGAUUUGCACCGUGGAGGAGAAGACGAAAUGGGUCUUCGAGAAGCCCAAAGGCAGCCGCUUCCGGAGAAUCAGCUGGCUUCUACCAGAUGUUUAGCAUACCGAGACGACGGCAUUGGCAGCAGACGCAAGAGGCCGGAGCGUUGUCGACGAUGUGCGAGGCGAGGAAGCCUACAGAGGAUGACGAAGGCAGCGGUGAGGCAGGUUGAUGAAAAUGCUGCUGUCUCCGGUGUUAUGCAGCUGCCUCCGGCAAGUCAGUUGGCUUGGCGGCGAUGCAGGCACCGUGGAGGAGAAGGCCAAAAGGGUCUUCGAGAGGCUCAAAGGUAUCGAUUGUGUUGUUCCAUAAUUACCGUUUCAUGGCUGAUUUGUGUCUCAUAAAAUUUUAGUUAGUCUGAAGCUGUCUCCGGUGUUAGGCAGCCGCUUCCGGCGAAUCAGCUGGCUUCUACCAGCUAGACAAAUCUCAAAUCAAUCCCGGCAAAAAAAAUGUCAAAUCUACAUAUCAAUGGUAAUCUCUUUAUUAGCAUUCUGUUAAUCGAAAUGGGUGCCAAGAAUUAUUUUCGACAAUCAAAUAAUUGGAUAGAAUCAGUGUUUUGAAAACUGGAUAGAAUGAGUGUUCUUGUAGAUAGCUUUCUAAUGCAACUGGACUUGCCUUGUUCAGAUUAAUUGUUGUGGAGAUAUCACCAAAACAAUGCCGAUGUAUUGAGAUGUCGCUGUUUCCGGUGUUAUGCAGCCGCGCCUCCGGCAAGGCAGCUGGCUUGGCGGCGAGGCAAGUUGAGGAAGAAGUCGACGUCUCCGGUGUUAGGCAGCCGCUUCCGCCGAGUCAGAUGGCUUCUACCUGCUAGACACUGUACUGGAUUUGACGCCGGUUUUUUUGUUAGGGGUGUGCUCGGUGGGCUGUUCGUUUAGUUGUUGAGAUCAUGGAGUGUGUUUUGUUAGGGGUGUGCGUGCUGAUUGUUAGGGAGGAAGAAAUUAGU